GCGAACUUUGCUAAUGAACGUAGCUGGUUGAGAACGCCGCGAUAGCUCCGGAGUCCGGACGAUGCAUUAGAUCAUAGCCGUAGGUGACACUCUCAACCCGUUGACGAGAGUGAAAGGGUGGCAAGAUAGCGCGGCGGAAGGAAGCUCGCUCGGGGCGUGAUUUUAGCCAUACCUACGUGCAUGUGAUUCAGAGUAAACAGAACAAAAUAUAAAAGAAAACUAUACAAAAUGCAUAACAUGUGGAUAAUUUUCCUGAUCAUCGGCCUGCUGGUCUUGGGGCUGCUGGUUCUGCUAAUUAUGGCGGCGCGGUAUCAGCGCGAUUACUGGCGCUUUCGGGGUAUUCCGCACGAGAGACCGAAAAAGCUGUGGCCCGUCAUCAGGCAGAUAAUGACGCAGACGCUCAGCACGGAGGCGAUGAAGGCGUCUCACUACACGGCGCUCUACGCCAAGUUCAAGGGCAGCGGUCCCUUCUGCGGCUUCUAUGCUUUGCUGCAGCCGCGAGCCCUGAUCCUGGACCGGGAGCUCAUCCGUCAGAUCAUGAUCAAGGACUUUUGGAACUUCAACGAUCGGGGCAUGUACUGUAACCAGAAAUCGGAUCCCUUGUCGGGGGAUCUGUAUGCUUUGAGGGGCGAGAGCUGGAAGGAGAUGCGCCAGAAGUUGGAUCCCAGCCUCGAGGGCGAUCGCAUGGCCUGGCUGUAUGGCUGCCUGUACGAGGAGGCAGAGCAGCUGCUCCUGGUCGUGAGUACCACGCUGAUGAAGCAGCCACACUCCACUUUGCAUAUCCAGAAGAUCAUGCGGCGCUAUGUCCUGUCAGCCCUGGCCAAGUCGGUUUUUGGCCUGGAUACGCAGCAGAGACUCAAGUAUCCCUUGGAGGACUUUGAGCAGAUGACAGAGAUGGCCCUGAAUAGCUACAAGCAUGGCUAUCUUAUGAACCUGAUGAUGAUAAGGUUUCCCAACUUUUGCCGGUUGCUUCGAAUGCGUCGCACGCCCAAGCAAGCGGAGACCUACUUCCUGGGUCUCCUCAAUGACAUCGUGGAACAGAGGGAGAAUUCGGGCGUUCGCCAGCAGGACUAUCUGCAGCUUUUGAUAGAGGUCAAGGCUCUGGAGCAGAUCACGCAUCAGUACGAGGCGGACAAGGAGCUGAAGAUGCAUCUGCAGAACGAACUGGCUGCCCAUGCGAUGGUCUUCCUCAAGGCUGGCUACGAGCAGACAGCCAAUACUUUGUCCUACGUCCUCUACGAGCUGGCCUCGCACACGGAUCUGCAGGUGCGGGUCCGUGAGGAGGUCAAAAAGGCCAUGGAGCGUUUCGAGGGCAACCUGAGCUACGAGUGCAUCCAGUCGCUGACCUUCAUGGGUCAGGUGAUCAGCGAAACCCUGCGCAUGCAUCCCAUCACACCAUACAUCCUGCGGCGCACCUUGAAUGACUAUCCUGUGCCGGAUCACCCCAAGUAUAUGCUGGUGAAGGAGCUGUUCCUGAUCAUACCCACGCAUGCCAUACACCAUGAUCCGGACAUCUAUCCGGAGCCGGAGGAGUUCAAGCCCGACCGCUGGGGCGGACCUAGGGACUCGCUGAAGGAGCAGGGCACCUGGUUUGGCUUUGGCGUUGGAGCACGCAGCUGCAUUGGCAUCCAGUUUGCCCAGCUGCAGCUUCGCCUGGCCUUGGCUUUGCUUCUGUCGGAGUAUGAGUUCACAUUGAACUCCAGGAAGCCGCUGGUUAACCUGGAAGAUGGCAUAGCGCUUACCCUGACGCCGCUGGGAGUCAUAGAGCCGGGCACGGAGGAGAGGGCGGUAUAGGCUGCGGAACUGACAUAAGUUUAAUCUUUGAGAUAGGUAGAGUACAUUCAUCAGAUACAAAAGUAUCUUUUGUGGAAGAAUUGUAAAUCUUCAGAUACAAAAGUAUCUUUUACAGCAGAAAUUCAAUUAUUUAAAGUUGUUGUGAACCUUCUUAUGAUUUUAAAAGAUACAUAAGUAACUUUUAAAAAGUAAAUUUAAAUUAUUUGCAUAGUCUGAAAUCAAUUUAACCCAAUUUAACUGACAAACCCUCAUUAAAUCUUAUAAAAUAAUUUGAUUCCAAUUGAGAAACAAGUUAAGAAACACAAAAGAAAAAUAUUUGACAACAAAACACUUCCGCUAAAACUCCAUCAAAAAAUCUUUUAAAUUCAAUUAAAAGUGCACACCAAAUGUGGCUAAGGCAGCGCUCAUUUUGGUUAUGGAAAAACCCCUAUCUGGCCAAAAGAGAUUAAGCUUGUGUCGGUAUACACAAGAGCUUUAGCGCAAUGACAAAGAAUUUACUCCAUGAACAAAGUCUAGAAAGCAAUACAA